AUGGGUUCAAUCGGUUCCAUGCGUCCCAUGGGCAAGGAGAGGAUUAGUUUCGAAGGUGAGCUUGGGAGCAUUUUUCCGCGGCAGGAGUCUCUCGAAAACUGGUACGGAUUGAUGGACAUAGUCGCGCCGAUUCUCACCAUCAAUUACGAUAAAGUCAACAACGCCAAGUUCACCGACCUGCCCGCAGAGCGGUACAUCGCGAUGAUGAGCGACCCGCUGUUCCUGGGCGACGAGCUGGUCGCGUCGCAGCACCUGAUCGGCGCGACGAAAUGGGAGAAGGUGUCGGACGAGGAGAUCGUGUCGCACCACCAGUCGCGCGCCGCGCACCAGCGCUUUGCCGACGUGCGUCGCGCCGAAGUCGCCGUGAAGGGCCACGGUCACGGCACGGUCACCACCUUCUACCGCAAGAUUGACGGCCGGUGGAAGUGGGCCGGGAUCCAGACGAAGGUCAUCUGGAAUGAGUUUGAUUUUGAGCACGUCUUCAGGGGAAUGGCGGGAAAGGAAUAG